AUGGCGACGAGCGCGAAGAAAUCCCCGAGCGACUUUCUUCAGAAAGUCAUUGGCCAACGCGUCGUUGUUCGCCUUAGCAAUGGCACAGACUACCGAGGUGUCUUGACCUGCCUCGACGACCGCAUGAACAUCGCCAUGGACAAAGCAGAGGAGUUCGUUGACGGCAACUUCGUCGCUGCCUACGGCCUGUCUCUGAUUCGCGGGAACAACGUGCUUUACAUCAGCGCGGUGGAAGAGGCGGACUCGUAG